CCACCGGAGGGUUGGCAACGCUGAAUCCGCUGAACCCAUGUGCUUUGUAGCAUAGAAAUUAGAAUUCGCACCAAGUGGCAAGUGAUAAAUGGUACUGUUUAAUUAAAACGCAAAAAAAUGGACAUGAUCAUUGACACGAAAGGACGGGCCGAUUUUUUGAACAGAAAUACGCUUGCCGAUAGCGACGAUGAUGAUCCCGACAGCGAUGAUUUUGAUUUCGAUCCGGCGCAAUUGGAGUCAAUAUCGAAAGAGGUUGCGUCGACAAAAUGCAAAGGAAAACCAAGCAACGACAUUGAUAUCGAAGAAUUCGAGCGACACAUGGGUUGGAAAAGCGUGACGAAAAAGCAGCCGCCAAACUCUACAAGUGUUAGAGAAAUAACAAAGGAGUUGACUCCAUUGGACAAAAUAUUACAGAAGUCUGUUAUUAAACCAGGCUUUGAAAAGCUCGAAUCUGUUCCGACGUACGACGAGAGCCAGAAACGAUUAAAGGCGCAGAGACGUAGGGAGAGAGAAAAGACUAAAGGAAAGAAAUGGUUCAAUUUACCUGCUCCUGAAAUGACAGACGAAGUCAGGCACGAUCUAGAAGUUAUUCAAAUGCGGUCCGUUCUUGAUCCUAAGCACUUUUAUAAAAAGAACGAUCUUAAAGUACUUCCUAAAUACUUUCAAAUCGGUAAAGUCAUGGAUUCGCCGCUUGACUAUUACAACGGUCGUCUAACUAAGAAAGAGCGAAAGCGUACGAUCGUCGAUGAGCUUAUGGCCGAUGCAGAGUUCUCAAAAUUCAAUAAACGAAAAUACAAAGAAAUCGUCGACGAGAAACGAAAAAUGCAUUUCAAAUCACACAGGCAUGCGAGAAAACUAAAAGGAAAGAAGAAAUAAUUCCGUCAAACGUCAAUUCAACACUUUCAUUGCUGUUUUAUUUAUUUAAAAUGGAAAAUAUACAGUCCUCUGAUAUAAGAAUAAAUUUCAUUUUGAUU